AUGUCGAUUAUUGAUAUAAAAUGUUGCUUGCAAGAGUUAGCCGACAAAUUAAUUUGCAGUUUCCUAGAACAACUAGAGGCUUGUACUGAGAAGAUUCAAUGUCAGGGAAAUAUUAACCGCUACGAUCCAAUCACCUACUCCGAAUGUCGCGACUGCAUCAUAAAGUUAGCACAAAAAUUGAGACCUGAUUUAGCAAUGGGCAUGGAGACAUGUGGUGAUAAUAUUCAAUGCCCCGAUGAUCGAAUCAAUCCUUGUCUACAUCUACACACUAAACCAGACUGCUCAGAAAGCAUCAAAUGUGAAAUGAAAAUUCACUUACUCAAGCUGGCAAAGAGCUUUAAUUCUGUUCUCGAAAAAUACCUUGAAUCAUGCGAAGAGGAGACUCCAUGCUCAGAAAGUUGCUAUGACCCCGAUCCUAAUCAAUGUGGUACUACCUCGUGUUUCCAGUAUUGCGAUUGCACCACAAAUUCGGCCCAAAAUUUAUGUCCUGAGGUAGCUCUAUGCGGGAGGACUUGUGCUGACACAAUUCCAUGCUGCAAUGACCAAAUCAACUCUUGCCCACAUCCUCCCGCCAACACACAAUGCUCGGAAGAUAUCGAAUGUGAAAUAAGAAUGUCCUUACACAAAUUGGCGGAGACCUUGAUUAACACUUUCUUAGACAACCUACAGACAUGUACUGAGGAGAUUCGAUGUCAAGGAUAUAACACAGUUCCUGAUUUUUGCGAUUGCAACACAAAUAUGGCACAAAAUUGUUGCCCGGAGUUACCAAUGUGCACGGGUGCAUGUGCUGACAUAAUUCCAUGCUCUAAUGACCAUAUCAAACCGUGCGCACAUUCAAACUCAAAACACGAAUGCUUCGAAAAUGUCGACUUGGAAUUAUUAGUAUAUCUACUGAGGUUGGGACAGAAUUUAAAUUCUAUUCUCGAACAAUGCGUUGAAUCAUGUGAAGAAGAGACCCCAUGCUCAGGUAAUCACUAUAAUCCCGAUCCUAAUUACUGCGGUACCACCUCGUGUUCCCAGUAUUGCGAUUGCACCACAAAUUCGGCCCAAAAUUUGUGUCCUAAGGAAGCACUAUGUGCGGAAACUUGUGCUGACACAAUUCCAUGCUGUUAUGAUCAAAUCAACACUUGCCAGCAAUCACCCACUAACCCAAACUGCUCGGAAAAUAUCGAAUGUGAAUUAAAAAUGUCCUUGCACAAGUUGGCGGAGACUUGGAUCUCCAGUCUUAUGGACCAUUUGCAGGCAUAUAUUGAGGAGACUCGAUGUUCAGUGGAUCAAAAUGAAAUCAACCCUUGCUGCUACAAUCCUACUUCUUGCUCAGACUAUCUCCCUUGUAUCAUAGAGUUAGCACAACAGUUGAGUCCUCAGUUAACAGAAUGCAAGGAAACAUGCGCCAACGAAAUUCAAUGCUCCUACGAUUGUACCAAUUCAUGUCCCAAUUCCCCCACUAAACCAGACUGCUUGGAAAAUAAUGUAUGCGAAAUAAUUAUAUACCUACUGAAAUUGGCACAGAGCUUCAGUUCUUUCCUCGAAAAAUACCUUGAAUUAUGUGAAGAAGAGGCCUCAUGCUCAGAAAAUUACUAUAGACCCGAACCUAAUCACUGCGGUACUACCUCGUGUUCCCAGUAUUGCGAUUGCAUCAUUAACUUAGCACAAAAUUUGUGCUCUGAGGAAGCACCGUGUAUGGGAACAUGCAAUAACACAAGUCCAUGCUGCAAUGACCAAAUCAACUCUUGCCCACAUCCUCCCGCCAGCACACAAUGCUCGGAAGAUAUCGAAUGUGAAAUAAAAUUGACUUUACACAAAUUGGCGGCGACCUUGAUUGCCAUUCUCAUAGACAACCUACAGACAUGUACUGAGGAGACUCAAUGUCAAGAAUGUUGCACAGAUCCUGAUCCUGAUUUUUGCCAUUGCAUCACAAAGUUGGCACAAAAUUUGUGUCCGGAGUUAGCAGGGUGUAUGGAGACAACUGAUACAGGAAUCGCAUGCCAAAACGAUCAAAUCGAACUUUGCCCCACUAUUCCAAAUUUAACAGAUGAGGCCUACUGUGUACUCAUAGAGUCCUUGCUCAAUAUGAUAUUGAUCCUACACCCAGAAAUCAACCCUUGCUGUGAAUCAGUUCCAGUCGAAAAUCCAUGCUGUUAA